AAACACAUAAUAUUAAAAUUACAUGUUGUGCAUUGCCCCCCAUAGUUUAAUGCUUAAAGCACACAUAACUGGAUAUGCCUGUAUAUGUCUAUAUGCAAAAGUAUUGCGAGAGAACUAUUUCGAAAAAUAUUUUCCCACCCCGACCUGUUAGGGGCUCCGUACGAAUGUGACUUUGUACGGGCUGUUAAUAAAAUACUGAAAAGAAAAGUAACACCUUACAUAUCCACACGACUCAUUCUAAAUAUGUAAAAACGCGAAAUGUUUAAAAAUAGCUAAACUGACCUUACCUCUUAAAGGUAACAAAAAUGCCGCUUUUUCCUCUGUUUAGCUAAUAGCUCCUUUACACUGACAAACUAAUGACUGUUUUCUUGCGGCUGUCUUUUAUCUUUACUUACGCAAAUCAAUUUUACGUAGCGGACUUAUUUACAUGUGAGACAACUGGCAGCCUGUUCACCUUCAUGAGACAUUUGGGUUACUCUUUUUUCUAUUUGACUAAGCAGCAUAAAUUGAAUUUUCCAUUUUAAGGUGUGGAAGGUGUGGAAUUUACACCUUUAUUUGUGAUUGUUAAUCAUUACAUCAAAAUAAGAUCUUGUACCAUUAAACAGUUUGAAUUAAACGUGACAGUGUUAUUUAGAGGAUAUGAAGGUUUUGGACUCUUUGAUGACUAACAUGAGUAACAUGAUUUGGGAUUAAUCUUUUUAAUCUCCCCACCUCCUGAUCAGCAACUGAUUCUAAAUCCAUCAUGAAAAGUUUAUUUUUUAACUCCUACAAGACCAAAAGAUUAUUCAUGCAACAUUAAGUAUGUUUGCUUCUUUGAAUUUUACUUUGACUAUAUCAAACCAUAAGCAUAGUCAUUAUAGGAACUAAUUACUUACAUUUUCCUACAAGGAUUAUAUAAUUAAUGGUGUUUGAAUCAAUUAGCUUCUGAAUUAAUUGUUAUAUAUAAGAACAUGCCUUUUGUUCAUUGCAAAGUUAGCAUUAGCAUUUUAAAGACAUCUAUUGACAUGUCAGUGGAUGAGUUCAUGUUGAAUGAGGCACACUUCCAUUGUUGUGGGAACACGGGGAGCUCAUUCAAUGGGCAGAGUGUGGGAAAGCUGUAGAGAGCAGGAUCUCACAUUCAGGCAUCCAGGAUGGCCGAUAGCCGAUCAGCCUGCAAAAACGGCUCCCCAGCAGAUGGUCAGUGGCGUAGGGCUGCUAUGGCGCUAAUGGCUCAUGAUAACCCUAAAUGAAGACUGAGUCACCCUGCAGAAACAAGAGUGGAAAACUCUGUAUAAGUUAAUCUUAAGAAGCACCGGUGCCUUACGUGAUAUUCAAUGGGGAAAAAAUCAUUUUAAAUAUGAACAUUUCAAUAUUAAAAUGUGCAUGCAAACUGCUAUUCCUCAAAAAGAACGUGUAAACAGAACUGGCGUGACAGCUAGUGAAGCACACAAAAUUCCCCUGAAAUUUGUGCUUCACUUUGCUUAAUCCAUAUGUUUCGCCAGUGUUUGGGUCACUGGGUUAGGACACCUAUAAACAGAAGGUUGCUGGGUCCAAUCCUAUGGCGGGCAGAGAGGUGUCACUGUUGUGCCCCUGAGCACGGCCCUUAGGCCCGUAACUGGCUGUGCCUGGUUUCUCAAUUGUGUAUCACUAUGGAUGAAAGCAUCUGUAGAAUUAGUAAAUAUAUGAAGCAUAUAAUGUGUAAGUCUCAUGUUUAACUGUAUACUAACAUAUACAGAUAGUACUUUAAAACACAAGCAAUUACAACGGAAUUCAGUGCUUUAAUUUUAGCAUCAAAGAGGUGCAAGAACCAUGUGUUAAGGAGCACGUGCCCGGUUAGCAUCAGAAUACCCCCAUCAGAGGACAGAUCAGCUCUCUUUACAGAGUGACCCCCUGCCCACUUCCACACAAAGCACUGAGAGCCCCCCCCUCCAUCUGCUCCCCCGAGAUGCCCCCAUUGCCCACCAGCAGGCAGGACCUCAAUGGGCGUGUGACAGAUGCUGAACUCACCCAUUGGCUGCUCAGUGUGGGAAACUCCAGCAAGCCUGAUCCCCACACAUUCUCAUGGAGAUCUGGGGGUAUAAAUAGGAGCUCCGAAGAGGUCGGAUUCACUCCUCUCAGGGGUCCCUGCACCUCAGUCAAGGCUCCUACAGUCCCAGCAGCAAUGACAUCUUCUAAGGAGCACCUCGCGGUGGCGGACAAGCUGAGGAAACACAUUGUGGAGAGCUGCGCAGAGAUCCCAUCAGCAGCAGCAUGGAGCAGCUUCAGCCAGCAGCCCGACUCCCGGCAGGAGAAGCCCGACGUCCUGGAGAUGAUGGUUCGCUUCCUGAUAUGGCAUCUUCAGCAGCGAUCUGUGAGAAGAUCGAGCUUCACGGUGGCUGUCAGUGAGGGUUACUCCAGCUGUAUCCAGGAGGUUAAGAACCUUCUGUCACAGGAUGAACGACAGACAGAGGGGCAGAAGAACCUGCUGAGCCACCUACAGUCUGCAGGCUUCAUCUUACGACGGGCAGAAUCAGACAGUCCUAAGUCAGAUGGACUUUCCACCUUGCAGCUCUCAAUGUAAAGAGAGAAAUGUGUUAAACGGCGCCCCCUGGCGGCCUUUGCGUCUAUCAGGUUGAGCUGAAAAUGUCAGCUUGGUUAGUAAUUCUUUGCAAGAAAUAUUAUCAUUCUUCUGCAAGUGCAUGAGAUUUUAAAUACUGACCUCAAUAUUAAAUAUUUUUCUGAAGAAUUAUUAUGAUGUGUAUUCAGGAAACAUAUUUCCCAUGGAAAGAAUAUAUGUCUUGAGUUUGAAUGUAAUAAUAGAAGUUGUUUUUACGCCUCCCUCAACUUGCUCCUUGUAGAGUAAGCUGUCCGCGAAAGGCAGCCACCUGUAGCGGCGCCCAGGGAGCUGGGGGUUAAGGGUCUUGCUCAAGAACCCACAGACGUGUGGAGGCUGGGUUUGAACCGGCGACCUUGUGACGGCUUAGCCACACGCUGCCCCAAUAUGCAGGUUCCACCGAGAUUUGAACUCAGAUCGCUGGAUUCAGAGUCCAGAGUGCUAACCAUUACACCAUGGAACCGAGGACGGGAGUCCUCCCUAUGUUCGCGCUGGAACCCGGGAUCGAUCGGGAUUGAAUGUGACAAUAAAGGUCAUGUUUCGACUGUUAGAUCAUUUGAUCAUUAUGAAGAAAUAGUCACCUUUUGCAAAGGUGUUUUCGUAUAUCAUUCAAAAACAUAAUUUUUUUUUGUUAAAAUGUUCAGAUUAAUUUUUUAAUCGAUGUUUAUGUUAAAAUUGUAUCUGUAAUUGUAUUACGCUUUCAGUGCGGUUAUUUUUCAUAACCUUUGAAUUAUUCUGUUCUUACUGAGAAUUCUUACUUCUGUGUGAGUUUGUGUCUUUAUAAAGACAUUUACUAACAUUCA